CAUCAGUGUGCUUUUAUUCCAGGCUGGCGGUGCAAUGCUGUACACAUGCAAAUGUAUAUGCUGGAGGGGGCAUCAAGAUGGAACAUGGGCCGGGCCAAGGAGGCAGUAGAUGUGGAGGGGGCCUCAAACCUUAGAAGCUUUGAUGUUCACUUGAUGUCCCAACUUAAUAACUUAAGCCAGCGCGUCCAUGGUUGUGCUCUGGUGCCAGAGAUCACUCUACCCGGAAAAUCUACUGGCGAGCGCAUAGCAGUGGAAUAUUUAUUGGCCCAGACCAACAGAGGUGACCUGCUGGCUCCAUCGCAGGUCUCUGAAAUCCCAUCGCAGGUGCUUGAGGAGGAGGAUGAGCUAGAUGACACCAUCAGCACGCUUGACAUUGUCUGCCAGUCAGCUGAGAUAGGGGCUGGUGAUCCCCCAAGUGCUGUGGCGGAUGACACUGAACCCGGACCCCUCAUCACGGAGACCAGCCAAUGUGACUCGAGGGGCGUUGUGGGAUGGGAGGCAGUUGAUGCCCUUGCAGCCUACCUAGUUGGCUUGAAUCGUACCAUCACCGCCUUGUCAGCCAAGGAGGAGACGGACAUAGUCCACCUGUACACAGCUCUCCAUGCCAUUGACAAGACACCUUCAAGGUACACCCAGAAAGCUAGUGCGUCAGGAGGACCGUGGAAAGCACCCAGGAAGCCGAGUGGCUCUGCUCCCGGACAGCAGGCGGCAGAGAGACUAUACAUGACUCACGGCCAAGCAGCGCAGGACCCCGAAGUACACAGGGUCAGUGAGUGUGUUUGCCUCAGACUUGCCAAAGAGUUUGAGCAGUCACGCAACAGGCCAAAGGACACAAAGGGGAAAACCAUGCCCAUCCCUCAGUCCAUUGUCAGUGUCUACAGCCACAUCAAACAGCUGCUGGAGGACAGCAGGGUUGUCCUGGACCAGACGAACCUGGUUCUGGUGCCGGUUAACAACACCACAGUCUCUUCAUGGCUACUAAGGAGGGAUAAAAGGAAGGAAGGGACAUACUGCUGCAAGGCACUGUACUUCCCAAACAGCUCCACCUGGCCAAGGAGCCUCUCCCUGCAAUGAACUCACUUCCAGCUGCCCCUGUGCAACAUGCACAUGAAGUGAUGAGAUUUGAGGAGCCUGAAAACCACGAGGGGGAAGCUUUCCCCCGCCAGCGCACUCUAGCAGCAAGUAAGCCUGUGUUCUCUCCGCCAUCUCCACCU